CCCCUACGGGUUGCAACAUCCAGCUACUGCUGCAACGGCGCCAGUGAAUGCGGAGAAAAACCGAUACAAAGAUAUGUAUGCCUAUGACCACUGUCGCGUAGUGCUUGACAUUGUUGAUAGCAAACAAGGCAGUGAUUACAUCAAUGCUUGCUUCAUCGAGGGUUUCUUCAAGAAGCGAGCUUAUAUUGCAUCGCAAGGCCCAACGAAGGCUAUGAUGGAUGACUUCUGGCAAAUGAUUUGGCAAUAUGACGUAUCUACCGUAGUCAUGGUAACGAAUCUCGUUGAAAUGGCAAAAGUGAAAUGUUUGCGGUACUGGCCUCUUGAAGUUGGUUCCAAGAUGGAUUUCCAAGCACUCACAACAACUUUGAUCUAUAAUGAGGAGUUCACAGACUAUACAGUUCGGAAGCUUAAAUUGUCACACAAGGACAAGCCAAGUAUCUCGCGUGUGGUUACCCACUUUCAUUACACGGCAUGGCCCAACAAAGAUGUGCCCGCUAGCACUUCGAGCCUCUUGCACUUCUGGCGUAGGAUCAGGGCCCACGAUCCCGACAAAAAGCAACCCUGGGUCGUUCAUUGCAGCGCCGGUGUUGGUCGGACGGGCACAUUCAUCGCCAUGGACAUACUGAUAGACGAGGGUCAGGCCAGACAGACUGUCGAUAUUUACGCCUGUGUGACCAAGUUGAGACUGCAACGAGUUAACAUGGUUCAAACUGCGGGCCAAUAUAAUUACUUACACAGACUGAUAGUUGAAUACCUGACUCUUCGCAGUCAGUUCGUGUCCAACGAUGAGUUUGCCAAUUACCAAAACAUCCUUCUCCAAGUCGACCAAAAGCUAAACAAAACUGGACUGUUUUUACUAUAUGAGACAGAGGCAUCCUACCACACACUGGAGCUUGCUGGAGCAAACAUCAAAGGUGACGAGGGGGAUCCUUAUUCCGUUGCUACCAUGUCUGAAAACGCGAAGAAAAACAGAUUCGAUGCUAUACUACCGAAUAACCGAUAUCGAGCGAUGUUGACUGUUCCUGUGGACGAAAGAAAUGACUACAUCAACGCUGUAUAUAUGCCGAGCUACAAGGUGGACAACAAGUACAUCCUUACUCAGAAGCCCCUGUCAGACACUGUGGUGGACUGCUGGAGACUCAUAGAGAGCAGGGACAUCAGUCUGGUGGUGACAUUCCCCGAUGAGGGAAAUGAACAGGACGGUCGAAUGUUUCCUACUACGGGGUCACUCACUGUGGGCCCUUUUAACAUCAUGUUCAUCACGGAACAUCACGAAGAGGACUAUUUUGUUUCGAGAGUCUUCAAAGUUCAAUACAUGAAAAAGGAGAGGACGGUAACUCAGCUGCUGUACCAGAAGUGGCCCAGGCGCCAGAUGGCACCGCCAAAUGUCGGUGAAUUUCUGAUAUUAAUGGACGCUGUGGAGAAGAGGACAAAAUCUUCAACAGCGUUGAUACAGUGCUUAGAUGGUGCUACAAGAAGCGGCCUGCUGCUGGUACUGUUUUACGCCACGGAAUGCAUGUCCAAGGAUGGGGAAGUGUCGCUGCCUAUGGUCAUCAGGCAUCUUAGAACGAGGCGUCCGCAGCUCAUACCGAACUUUGAACAGUAUCGGUUUUGCUACAGCUUGCUGACACAGUAUGUAGAAUCCAAUGUGAUGUACGCCAACACAUAGCGUCAAGAGAGAAUUGAUAUAUGGGUUGUUCCUACUGACAUCUGGAAGUCGCGGUGUAUGACUUGAUGCACAUAUUAGAACGUGACAUAUGGCAAUGCGUGCGCUAGAUGUAGAUGUUCAUGAAUAUUGCAAGUUUGCACUUAUUACGAUAGAAAUGACUCGCAUGUAGCCACAUUAUCCAACAAGAUCGAAUAAUAAUAGAUAAAACUUUUUAAAAAUACUUUUCAAAGCGUGGACCAUUGGAUUGUUUAUGAACAUUAUUUGGACUACAUACUAUUUAAUACUGCAAUAGAGAAUGUCGACAUUGAGGUACACAAAUAAUGGACCCUGGAUUGCAUUUGGACUACCUUGUAUUAAUUUCUUUUUUUUUAUAUAUUUUUAUUGUGAAAUAACUUCUGUGCUUUGAUUUGAUUUGUAUAAUAGAAAUGAAUAUCGGCAUAUUGUAUAUUUAAAGUUUAUUGCUAAGAAUAACUUAUACAUGCAUUUAAUUUCUUGCAUAAUAUACUGUAUUUCUUUUUAACUUAUAUCAUUGACUAGUAUACAAUUACGCUUGACACAAAUAACUCAAGCAUUUGAUUGUAAACAAAAACAACAUCCAUGUGUGAGAUGAAGCAGGAUUGAGGCUAUAAAAACAUUCUCUAAUGACACAAGUAUUGAACAUUAUGUACGGACCUUAAAUCACUUUGGUAUCAGAAAUCUUUAUGUCAAUUUUAUAUCAAGUUAUAAGAAUAUGUACGGAUAUGUUUGACAACUUCAACAUAAUUGAGGCACUUUACAAUGAGGUCUACUGGCAUUCAGAGUAAGGUUGAGUGUUCCAUAUUUAUACAAAAUGUACACACCAAAAUAAAAAAUGUCGAUAUAAAAGUCGUAGGUUGAGUACACCCUUUUGCAUUUGUUUUAUUCCAUAUUUUGACACUAAGACAACUGUUUUAUUAAUUCAUAUUUUUUCAUUUGAAAAUGUUAUUCUUUUACAUUUUAUUGAAAUACGAAAUUCUUCAUAUUGUUUACUUUGCUAAUAUUUAUUUUAUUUUCAGUUUGAUAAGCUCAUUUGUUUUAUUUAAUAAUAAUGUAUUGGAUUCAUUUUGUCUCGCUGCCAAUGUAAAGGAUUUCAAGUGUUCAUGGACACUUUCUAGCAUACAGCAUUCAAGAUAGGUUUAUUCAUCAAUAUAUGUUUUGCGUUUAAGAGUUUUAAAGAUAUAAUAACUUUUGUGAUUGCAUUUUCGUCUCUAUUGCGUUGUGCAAAGACAUGUUCAUUCAAACGACAACUUCUUAUAAAACUCAUGUUCACUUAACGUGGUGGUCUUCUAGCUUUAUCAAUGUAUAACACACGGGUUUAACUGGUUAAUAUGUCCCGUGUUUAACAUAGUUGGUGUUGAUUUAAACAAUAAAAUAAAAGACAUAUAUUUCAUAUUUGGAUUUAAACACGAUAUAUCUUCAAAGAUUGUUCGUAUCAUGCCCCUCGGACAACAUUGACCACUUCCCGAUGGUCUCGUGGUAUGAAGCAUCAUAGUGUUGUCAUUUUUAAUUAGUUGCCGACGAAUUGUUCGCCUGGAAACAUCAAUAUCAACUCUGGGACACACGUGAUUUAUAUAAACCUGAUUACAAGACUUAAGUAAGCUAUCGAGAAACAUUUGCUUGUUGUUUUUGUGUUCAUCCUCUGCGCUUGAGGAAAUUGGGUGCACACUAUUCAACUUGAUUUUGCAUAAAUGGAUAAGAUAUUUUAUGAAUGAUUUUAUAUUGUGUUUUUCUUUGCUUCAGCAAGUUGUAUUUCUGUGGAUCUGGCUUGCAUCUACUCUUUGAUUGGUCUAAUGAUAAUUGACUUGAAAGGUAUUAUCUUUUACUGCUAUGAAAUUUGAAUUUUGAUUGUAUGAAGUUAAUUGUAAUGUUCAUGUUAAUGUUUUAGCAAACAACUCCGGGCUAGCUAUGAGUUGUUGAGCUCCUUAAACCGAUUUGAAAACACAAUGCUUCGAAUUGACCGUUCCUAUCCGGAUAUCUCGUUAUUAGAAUAAAUAAUGGACCACAUGCUAUUAUAUGAUUUUUUUACCGUCUGGUGCAGCUGAAGUUAAAGUUUGUAUUUAUAUCAACCAUAAUAACAAAUUAUAACAGAAUGCGGUUGAAUCCUCGUUCG